GCAACCGGCGGCCUCAACGCCUCAACGAGUCUCCAAUGUCAUCGAGAGCACUAAACGCAAGGGACGCAAGCAAGUUACUUUCGCUUGCUGGGUCAUCGAUAUCUUAAAUGAGCCUGAUGGUUCCGUGACACGAGACGUCCCUUGCAGUAUGUUUGCUGUCUCAAGGACUAUUGUUGGCCCUUGCCGGCUGAGGGUGGCUCCCUUUAACUUUGCCAUCGUCGGCCGACACGCACCAACUGUCCACCAGGCCUUGCUUCUCAGCCCCGGCAUCCAGGAGAGGAUACGGCAGUCAGCCUCUUUCACGACUGCCACAGCACCUCAGACGAAUGCAUUGGGGCCGCAGCCCCAACCGGAGAUCAACUUCAGCACCGUCUGUAACAGGGUGGUAGACGGGCGGGAACAGGGACUUGGAGAUGGCGUCCUUGUCUCGGGUCUUCGGAGACUUUUGGAGUCCGAUGUCCCCUGCGAUGCUCACACACUUGCGUGCUUUGAGCAGUCCAUUCUCUGGAGGGCACGGAAGAUGAAGCUGCACAAUCUGUGUAUCUGUUUGUCUUAUCACAUCCGGUACCAGAAGACAGAGCUCCAGAAGCAGGUGGUGAGGCUGCUCCAGUCGCGCAUCCGGAGCCAGGUGGCCCACGCCAGCACCGUGUCGGACGUCAUCUGGCUGCUGGACGCAUCCGAGCAUGUGGGUGACCGCAAGUUUUUGCUGGAGGUAGAGGACCGUGCCCUGCAGCUCAUGGGCUCCCUCAAGCCCCAGGACAUCCGGCUGCUGGUGCGGGCCCUGGCCAGGCUUAAGCUGCGCCCGACCCCGCUCCUCCAGGCAGCGGCAUUCUACCUCGGCAAGGGCCACGGGGGUGCCUCCCUGAAGGAAGUGGUGACCCUGAUGCACGCGCUGCAGUCCCUGAGCUUUCCCGAGCCAGCCGUGCUGCUGCAGCUCACCGAGGCGUUCCUGUCCCAGCUCGACGACAGGGCCAAGGCAUCUCUCGUCUCCGCCUGCCUCACCAGCGUCGGGCAGGUGGCCUGGAGGCACCCCGAGCUUCUGGAGGCGUGUGCAUCGUGGAUAACUAAACAUGCGGCAGACUGCCGUCCCCACGACCUGGCCUCCUGUCUCCUUGCCCUGGCUCGUCUGCAGUAUGUGCCCGACUGCUCACCGCAGCUGUUUCCUUUACUGCUGGAGAGACUCACCCCUGACCACUUCCAAGAGGUUCCUGCGGUCUGGCUGGACCUAGUCUGGUCACUGGCACUUCUCGGGCUUGCCGAGCGACAUCAUCUAGAAUCGGUCCUCCGGCCUGAAUUCUAUACCCCGCUUUUAGAACCAUCAUCUCAUGUCGCUGCAUCGUCGAGACACAAGCUCCUUAACAUCAUUGCCGUUAGUGACCUCGAGUCUCCCGACAGCCCAAGGUUUCCCAAAGAUGUCAUCAGUUCUCUGUUGGAGACCCACAAGGUUGGUGAGCCUGGGGCACUGCACAAGUCUGUCAGGGAUGCACUGAGCAACUUGGCUCCCCUUGGAAGGUACCUGCUGACCAACCCAUCCCUCCCCUAUGGGAUUGCAGCAGAUGGAGAGAUGAUUGUGGACAAAAAUUUACAGCCGGUCCUGUUGGAGUCAACCAUUCAACCUGAGCACAAAAGGAUUGCCCUUGUUGUUCUGGACUUCAAAGACCUCACGCUGCACACCCAGGUGCCUACAGGCAGCAAUGCCUUGAGGCUACGUUUGCUGAGGAAGCUCGGCUAUGGUGUUCUAGAGGUACCUUACACAGAGUAUGACGAGAAGAAGCCAGUCCUACAAAGGGUGAAGUACUUGCAAGAGAAGCUGCGACUCACUGUUGCCAGUGAACACACUUAAUGUAGAAACACUGUAAUUAAUAUUAAUAACUAAUAAACCAUGUCCCCAAAA